CCUGACGGUUCUACAGAUCUCUGAGCAAGCUCCGCCUGACAGUAUGGCGGGCGUGCCAGUGAUGUCACUGCGGGUACACCCCACCCGUCAGACGGAAGCCCUGGAAGAAAGUUUCUGCGUGCGGCGUGUGUUACCGGGAUGUGCUGCACCUGGCGCUGAGGGGCUACAGGUGCUGGGGACUGACGCUCCACCGCCUGCCCGGAGUGUGGGAUCAGAAGGCGCUGCAUUACCCCCUUUCCCGCUUCAGCCCGGCACAGAGCCGGGGUCCCCCGCCAUCUCAGGGGCAACAGACAUGUGGGAUCCCCGGGACUUCGAGCGGCACUGGCAGUCGGAGUUCCCCGGGGAGGAAGCUCCGGUGAUGGACCUGAGCACGGCGGAGAACAUGAGGCAGGAGCUGGAGCGCUGCAGGGAGAACCUCCGGCGACUGCAACAAGUCCUAGCGGAGGAGAAAUUUAAAGUCCUGUACUUAGAGAGCGCCCUGUCCCGGGAGCCCAGACCCGUACCCCGACAGCGCUCUAAGCUGCCCCCGCCGCCGCCUCCCAAGCGGGUGUCCGUGAGGCAGCCCCCUGCACCGCCCGCUUUCAUUCCGGUGCCCCCGCCCGCCCUCAUUCCGGUGCCACCUGCGCCCCCACCCGCUCUCAUUCCGCUACCACCUGUGCCAGACCGGGACUUCGAGGAUGAAGAAGGCAGCACCGUGAGCUUUGUGCUGGCCAACCUGCUGCCACAGCUGGAGGAGCGCCCCGAGUUACAGUUACCUGAAGAGGGCAUCCUGCCACGCAGAGACCUGUUACAGGUGCCAGGGGGGGACUCGCCCAGGCACAGCUCUCCGGAGAGGAGCAGCAAUGGUUACCUAAGCUCAGACCGGGAGGAUAACGAUUCUCUAGAUUUCAACUACGGAACAGACGGGUACGACGCUGAAGGGAAUGAGGAGCAGAAAAGCUCCCGUGAGGGUUCGGAAACCAUGCCCUACAUCGAUGAGUCUCCUACCAUGUCCCCACAGCUCAGUGCCAGAAGUCAAGACAGUGUGGAUGGAGUUUCACCCACUCCGACAGAAGGGCUACUGCCAGAGGGAGAAAGUGAGUCUGAUAAAGGGCUGUUAAUGAGAAAACUAGUUCUCUCUGGGGUACUGGCAAGUGAGGAAAUCUACAUAAACCAGCUUGAAGCUCUGCUUUUGCCCAUGAAGCCACUUAAAGCCACUGCCACAACUUCACAGCCAGUUUUAACCAUGCAGCAAAUAGAUGCCAUUUUUUAUAAGGUUCAAGAUAUCUACGAGAUCCACAAGGAUUUCUAUGACAACCUCUGCCCUUGUGUGCAAGAAUGGGACAACAAGACAACUGUUGGACAUCUCUUCCAAAAGCUGGUCAGCCAGCUGGGAGUGUACAAGGCCUUUGUGGAUAACUACAAAUGUGCCCUGGAGACAGCGGAGAAGUGCAGCCAGUGUAAUAACCAGUUUAAUAAAAUCUCAGAGGAUCUGAAGGUGAAAGGGCCCAAGGACUCAAAGGAACAGCCGACAUCUGUUACCAUGGAAGCACUGCUCUACAAACCUAUUGAUCGUGUGACACGGAGUACAUUAGUUCUGCAUGACCUCCUUAAGCAUACACCUGCUGACCACCCCGACUAUCCAUUGCUACAAGAUGCUCUCCGUAUCUCACAGAACUUCCUGUCUAGUAUCAAUGAGGACAUCGACCCACGAAGAACUGCAGUCACAACACCAAAGGGCGAGACCCGACAACUGGUGAAAGAUGGAUUCUUGGUGGAACUGUCUGAAAACUCCCGCAAACUGCGGCACUUGUUCCUGUUUACAGAUCUCUUGCUUUGUGCCAAGCUGAAAAAGGGAGCUGUUGGGAAACACCAGCAGUAUGAUUGCAAGUGGUACAUUCCACUGGCUGACCUGGUGUUCCCCUCCGUGGAGGAGUCCGAGCCCAUCCCUCAGCUGCAUGCUACUCCUGACCACGAGAUAGAGGACAUGAAAGCAAAGAUAUCGGUUCUAAAAAGCGAGAUCCAAAAAGAAAAGAAGUCCAAUAAAGGAUCAAGUCGUGCUAUUGAGAGACUGAAGAAGAAAAUGUUUGAGUACGAGUCUUGGCUCCUGCUCUUCUCCCCAUCCAUCCCGUUCCGAAUCCAUAACAAGAAUGGCAAGAGCUAUUUCUUCCUUCUGUCGUCCGAUUACGAGAGGUCAGAGUGGAGAGAGGCCAUUCAGAAGCUGCAGAAGAAAGAUUUACAAGCAUUUGCACUAAGUUCUUUAGAGCUGCAGGUGCUUACUGGGUCCUGCUUCAAAUUGCGAACAGUUCACAACAUGCCUAUAAUCAGCAAUAAAGAUGAUGAUGAAUCUUCUGGACUGUAUGGUUUCCUGCAUGUGAUCGUUCACUCUGCCAAAGGAUUCGACCACUCUGCCAAUCCCUACUGCACGUUGGAAGUGGAUUCAUUUGGUUAUUUUGUCAGCAAAGCUAAAACCAGAGUGUUCCGUGACACUACAGAGCCUGAGUGGAAUGAGGAGUUUGAAAUUGAGCUGGAGGGUUCCCAGUACCUGCGCAUCUUGUGCUAUGAAAAGUGCUAUGAUAAAAGCAAACUCAACAAAGACAAUAAUGAGAUUGUGGAUAAGAUCAUGGGCAAGGGACAGAUCCAGUUGGAUCCCCAAGCAGUACAGAGCAAGAACUGGCAUGUGGAUGUGAUAGAGAUGAACGGGAUUAAAGUGGAAUUCUCCAUGAAGUUUAGCAGCCGGGAUAUGAGCUUGAAAAGAACGCCUUCUAAAAAGCAGACCGGUGUAUUUGGAGUUAAAAUCAGCGUGGUAACAAAGAGGGAGAGAUCCAAGGUACCAUAUAUAGUCCGUCAGUGCGUAGAGGAGGUGGAGAAACGUGGCAUUGAGGAGGUCGGGAUUUACAGAAUAUCUGGGGUAGCCACGGACAUCCAGGCCUUGAAAGCUGCUUUUGAUGCAAACAACAAAGACAUUCUGAUGAUGCUUAGUGACAUGGACAUCAAUGCAAUUGCUGGGACAUUGAAACUCUAUUUCCGCGAGCUCCCCGAACCUCUCCUCACAGACCGGCUGUACCCGGCAUUUAUGGAAGGAAUAGCUCUGUCUGAUCCAGCUGCCAAGGAGAACUGCAUGAUGCACAUUCUGCGCUCCCUGCCCGACCCAAACCUUAUGACCUUCCUCUUCCUGCUCCAUCACUUGAAAAGGGUGGCAGAGAAAGAGCCAAUCAACAAGAUGUCGCUUCAUAAUUUAGCCACCGUCUUUGGUCCCACACUGCUGAGGCCAUCUGAGGUGGAGAGUAAAGCUCACACAAACCUUGCGUCCGAUAUCUGGUCACAUGAUGUGAUGGCACAGGUCCAGGUACUGCUCUAUUACCUGCAGCACCCACCAAUCAGUUUCACUGAGCUGAAGAAGAACAUUCUGUACUACUCCACCGACGUGUGACCAUGCACUUCACCUAGCUGGGAGACGAUACGACGGCUCUGCUCCUCUCUGUACAUUUGGCAAGAGACAUUCUGAGGAAAGAGUAGGAUCUCGCAACCCAGAACAUCCCAACUUGCUCCUGUGCAAUCCUUUUUGUACAGAAAAGUGUAAACAAAACACACACAAAAAUGAACCAGCACUGUGCUCCCCUGUAACAAGCUGUUUUUGUAUAUUAGUUUUCAGGCGUUAUGUGACGUCGGAGCGAGAGGUAUGGGAGGAGCAGAGCUUUGGAGAACAGUUUUUGUCAUCCACACCCCUUGAUGUGUGUGUGAGAACUAUUUAGGAACUCUUUACAACUCUGCUGACCCUUGUGGUCUUUUAACCUGCCAUAUUCUUAUACCUUGUGCUGGAGACCCUCUCCCUCCUCCACCUUUAGGGACCAAACAUGAGAAGAAGAUCCCUCACACAGAGAGAGCGGAGGUGUACAGACGGUUUGAUGAUCUGCCAUGUUUUGCCUCACACAAACCCGCAGAACGUGAGCGGAUCCUCUGUCUUAACAUUUUUAAUUAUGAUAAGUUGCCAUGACGUUUUUCUUCGACUCCUGUCCUUCUAUUGUGAAUGAAAGUGCUGGCGGGUUUUUUCCUUGUGGAUAUGUCACUUGUGAUUUUGCUGCUUUCAAAAAAAGGGUGGUACGUUUGUUACUCUGCUGGGCUUGAGGAGAUGACUUGCACCUGUACUGUACGGCAUUUGGAGAGCGACAUCUGCGCUGGAUCAUACAUUCAUUUCAAGGAAUCCAGUUGUCACAGUGAAAUCAAAACGCACGUCACAACCCACCGAGAAAUUACAAUCAUAUAUAUUGGUAAUUUAAAUUAUAAAGGCAGAUGGUCAUCAAAAUGCUGUGCGUUUGUUACAUCUUUUCCUGCCCUGCAAAAAAUGGGUUCCAGAUAACCAGACACAUGGACAGAUUGUCAGUGGGAGAGAAUUGUGAAUGUCCUUGUGUAAUAAUCUCACAGUACAAGUGGAUGAUGCAGCCAUGCUAGAUGCUUGGACCCCAGACCACAGUUGCUGGUAAUGAUGUCACUUAGUUACAGAAUGAAGUCAGCAGGUUAGGCUGGGAGAAAAACAAAUGAAAACCAAAAGCAAUAUGGCCCUGCACCACAUCAUUGAUUAUACAUCCCAAUGCUGCAUUCUGCUAGAUAAUUCAACCGAUUACAAUACUCCUAAAUCCAACAGUGGAAAUUCUCCACUUGAAGACCUGCAGGGAGCAAUCUCCAGUAAUGUAAUGCCGGCAAUGCAGUCUGCAUAGAGUACUAAAUGAAUAAUGUUAUAUUGUUAUUAUUUCUGCUGAGUAUUGUAACCAUUUUAUUGGUGAAUACUGAAGUCCAAUGUUAGAAAAAGGAACCCUUUCUAAUGUCCCAGAAAUCCCACCUACAUGUCAUUCUAGUGUCUAGAACAGCAGUGACCGUUCCUGUAAGGGAGAGUCGUCAUGUGCUAUGAAGCUUUUAGUUCCGCAGUCUGUGAGCUCAUGUAAUUCUGGAAUAACAUGGUUUAGCCCCAUGAGAGAAUAAUGGUGCCCAGGUGUGGUUACCUCUGUGUCCCAUGUUGGCCACACGUGCGCAGUCAGAUCAGAUAGGCACAGGCUGUGCUCAGGCGGAGCAGCCGGCCACCACAUGCACAAGAUGCAGCCAUUGUGCAAUGCAUUUUCCACCAUAUCUGGUUAAGCAGGUCUGUGGCUCCAUACGGACUGUAAUUUGCUGGUGAUUAGUUCUAAAAGGACCUUAUUUAAUGGCAGCAUCAAGUUCAGUUUCACGUCCAAUAAUUGCAAUAAGUUGAUUUGUACAAAAGAUGGAGAUGUAUUGUUAGUCAGACCCCUUUAUUGACUUGUGACUUAGUAGGAAACUAUUCAGUUUUGUGGUAAUACCUACAGGUCGCUUAUUGCACUGGCUGGUAGAAAUGAUGGAGGAAAUGGUUAUCACAUGUACUUACUACUGCCCAUUGCUGCCCUUUCCAGCUGUCUCCCUCUGGUCUCUGACUACUAAUCCAGUGCCCAUGAUAAAAGGGACAAGAGUGUUUUGUCUGUGGUUCGCUACAGUGCAGAGUUGGUCCUGCAGAUGUACAUUAUAGGGUCAGCCUAUAAUAAGCAGCAUACAGUAUGACUUGUGUUCAGCAGAAGUGUUAUCCUCGUCAUCAGGAAAGCUGUCAGUGUGAGCUCAUUCUACAGGUCAGUCACUGAAACUAGCCACCACAGUUUGGUCCAGAAGGUGAUUGAUUUACAUUCUCCCCACAUGCACCGUCAUUAUCCAGAGAUGAGCAGUAACAUCCAGCGCUUUCAGCUGUUACGGAAUUGCGACACUCUUGAGGACCAGACUUACCAGUAAACAUUAAACACUUACGUCACAUCUACACCUGCACACUCUGACAUUCACCCCCACACACCGUUUCUAUGCAGUGCUGUUUAGUCUCUAACUCCACCAGUUCUUCUACUAACUCCAUCUAGCUUCUAUAAAACCCACUCCAAGCUGGGCAUAGCUACAAAGGUGUGCAUUAUGUUAUGGGCUAGAACACAUUUAAGCAAGUCUUCUGCUGUUGUUGAACUACAAGACCCAGCAACCAUGCAAUCUAUCUGCUUUCUGGAUCACCCUGCUCAGUCUCCACUGACUGUCACAUUCCUGUGCAGGCUGUCAAGUAAACCAAUUAGUAAGGUAACACUGUGUGGGUUGGUACCCAGACGGGCACAUUUUGCAACACGUUCAGAUUUGCACAAUAUGAAGGACUGUAACUAUGAUGACAAAAUAUUUAGCUUUCAUUUUUUUUCUACCACCUGAGUUGAUAUUGAAAAUGUUAAUUUUUUCCCUCUUAUCACUAAGGUCUGGAACAUUAAAAAAAGGUUAAUGUAUUGGUGUGCACACAGCGCAUUAUCUUUUUCUUAUCAGUAAUUGUGAAUCGGGAUGUGUGGUUUUAACUCUGUUAACCAAAUAUGAAUAACUGGUACUCAUUAUAAACCCAUACAAACAUUGCUAGCUGCCAUUUAAUGUACUGGAAAGUCUGCAGUGAUUAUUAUAAAUAUUAUUCACAGUAAUGUUUUAGCUCACACUGUAACAGUGCUGAUGCAUUCCCUGGCACAGUGGAGACAGCCAAUCGGAUGAUGUGACUGCGUCCUAUUGCUUCUUCCUUUUCUGUACUCUGAUUGGUCCAUCCAGCAACGUGACUACCACAGCUGUGUGUAGACAAGGUACAUAUUAAUACAUUCGUCAAUAUUAAAGGAAAGUCUUCUGUUUUGAAUACAGUAAAUUACCUUGGUUUAUGGUAUCAGCGUAGUUUCACUCAAACUGGUAAUUUGGACGUGUGAACUUAGAACAAGCCUUUUAGAUAUAGAUGAUACUUUAUAUUAUUUUGGCAGUGCAAUGUCUCUGUACUAUGGACAUUUAUAAAUAAUCAUGUCUUCUUGAGAACAUGAUGAACUGCGAUCACUUGUAGGUCAUCUGGCACUACUGUACAAUAUCCUGUGUUACUGGCUAUAACAGAGCGUGGGUGCUGGUAAAUACAUCAGCAGUCCUGGCUGUAGUUCUCCCAAACAGACCCUGCUUAGUAUCGAAUUUACUGGUUUGUGGAGAUGGACUGAUCUGCCCGAGGUAGCAUUCCUCCCCCGCUCUCUUGUCUGAGAUAGCAUUCCCCCACUUCUCUCUUGGCCAAUACCUUUUGUAAACUCAUAUGAAUGCCCGUAGGCUAGCUGCAGAUCUAUCUACCCAGAUUGAUCAAACAUUGCCUUCUUCAGCCUCCUGUAUGGGAAGACCAUAGUCACAGGCUGUUGAGAUCGCCACCACCUAAUAGCCCCUUAUUCUUCAGUCCUUCAAAGACUGCAAAGUUCUGAUUUCUAGGAUCAUCAUCUUUCUACUAAAUGGAAAAGAAAUACUAAAUACUGGUCAGCUACUGAUGUUAACAUGCAGCAGGCUUAAGGGCCCUACAGACACAGCAAUAUGCCGCCGAGCUGCCGAUACAGCAGACGGGCGACCCAGUAGCGGGGGGGGGGGGGUGAAGUUUCUUCACUCCCCCCAUCACACGGCUCCAUACAAGUGCAGGCAAAUAUGGACGAGAUCGUCCAUAUUGGCCUGCAUGCACAGCUGACGGGGGACCAGCGAUGAACGAGCACAGGGCCGCGCAUCGUUCAUCGCUGGUGACUCCACACUCAAAGAUAUGAACGUUAUCUCGUUCAAUAAUGAACGAGAUCGUUCAUAUCUUUGAGGAUUGUCGGCCAGUGUGUAGGGCCUGUUAGGCUAAUCUGCUUCUGUGGAAGAUAUCAGGCAAGCCCUGCUUACCACUGCUGUGGUGGUUGGUAAUUAUGUCUGCAGAGACAGGCUGACUGUUAUCGGUCACUAUAACUAUUACCAUUAAAGACAUCUACUCAGACCAAGUUUAGUACUUCAAUGUAGUAGCCAUAUGUUUUAGCUACAUUAUGUCUAAUGAUAUUCAUAAACAUAAUACUUAGUGGUCACAUCUUGGACAGCUUCUCAUGCACCACACUCUUCUCCCUGUAUUUCUGAUUACUCUGCAUAAAAUACAUGUGCAGUUUUUAUGGUUUUACACAUGUGGGUCCUUCAGGAACCACUAGUGGUGUAGAAGAAAACUUCAGCACAGUUUUAUAACAAAGCAUCUGUUCUGAAAUACGUGCAGGCAGCUUGUCACUGACUAUAAGAAAUUGAGAUGUGUGUGACAGGAAGUAGAGAUCAGCAGGUAACGUUUUCAGGGGUGCUGCGGCAUGCAGAUUAUGUUUGCAGGGGAGGACAAGAAGACUGGGACAUAGGGGUAGUGCAACAGUUUGAACGCAACAGCCAUGAUGCAUUGGCAUGGUUUAUAAAGCAGAAUAAUGCUCACUUUGUUAUGCGUGGGGUAGUACGCCUGCUCUUUUCCCAAUUACGUAACCGUAACUUAUCGGAGGUAAAGGGGAUAUAUUAUCUGGGCUACUUGUAAGAGUUGUUUUUCUGUCAUUUAGAUAAUUAUUAUACAGGUUGAGUAUCCCUUAUCCAAAAUGCUUGGGACCAGAAGUAUUUUGGAUAUCGGAUUUUUCCGUAUUUUGGAAUAAUUGCAUCCCAUAAUGAGAUAUCAUGGUGAUGGGACCUAAGUCUAAGCACAGAAUGCAUUUAUGUUUCAUAUACACAUUAUACACACAACCUGAAGGUCAUUUAAUACAAUAUUUUUAAUAACUUUGUGUAUUAAACAAAGUUUGUGUACAUUGAGCCAUCAAAAAACAAAGGUUUCACUAUCUCGCUCUCACUCAAAAAAGUCCGUAUUUCGGAAUAUUCCGUAUUUCGGAAUAUUUGGAUAUGGGAUACUCAACCUGUAUUUAGAAUUUAGCCCCAUCGCAAUCACUGGAACUGAUUUAUAUAUAUAUAUAUAUAUAUAGCUUUUUAACAGUCCCCAUACUUGUAGCUGAUGCAAAAAUAUCCAUUUACUACAAGUAGGUCACAUUGUUCCAUGGUACAUAAUGGAGCCUUUUGUAAUUGGCUGCAUUCUGAGAUAUGAAAGCCUUUCCAGACAAACCUGUAGUCUUGUUCCCUGUGAUACUAAUAAUACAGUGUGUAGUUUUCUUUACAAAUUUUACUGUCCGUACCUCUAUGAAAUCUGGUGUACUGGGCGAAUAAGCUGUAACUAAUAGCAUCCACGUACAGUAGGUGUUUUUGUUUCCAUUUUCUAAACCCUACUAGAAAAGCGUGAGGGAAUGAUUGGCUGCUGUGGGUUGCAGAUAUAUUUCCGGUGCAGCUAUUACUCCAUGAUGUCUUCUAUCUCUACUCAUUUAUUAUUAUCCACACUACACGCGCUAUCAUUAGCAGCUUAAAUAAUAAAACUCUUCAUACCGGGACCCUGAUACAUAAAAUGCCAGGGUUACUCAAGCCCAGAGUACCAGGAUCACUCAAGCCUAAAGUGUGUUUUAUUUUGCAUUAAUAUUCUAUUUAUAAAGUCCAAGCAAAAAAAAAUAAAAGUAAUUAAGAAACAAAAAAAGCAUUUCUCAAGGGAUUAAAAAGAUGUUAUGUAUAUUUUUAUUUUGUGUCCGUACUGUUGCAAUGUAUGUAUAUUAUUAUGAAGCUAGAUUUCAAGCAACAUUAGCAAGGAUAACGUUAGUUAAUAAAAUAUUUUAAAAACA